AUGGGUCUCCGAUUGUAUCAAGCCCCGGCAGCCGAAUCCCAGGCCAAGCCGCAGCCGCCUGCCGAGAAAAGCCCCGCGCAUGGCCGAUCGCAGAUUCGGCGACGACCUUUGUCCCAGAUGCCUGAGCAUCUUCGCGAACGGCGUCGUCGUAUCCUCUCUAGCAGCGUUGCACCUGUCCGCUCUGGGGGGCCGCGACGGAGUUCGUCCUCGUAUGACCCAACCAUCCCUGGCCAGGCGCCGCCCGUUAUCCCUAAUCCCUAUCCCAACCCUCCGGAAUCGGGUCGCAUUGCCCUGCGCGACAUGGCGAGGGGCCUGCUAGAUGAUCGCGGAGUGGCCCAGACUGGAGAGCGGUGGGCCAACCUUCAUGCCUUCAAUGCGUCCCCAUCAGGUGGUUUAGAACUGGACCCGCCGCCGUAUUUGCCUUCGGAUAUGCAACCGACGGCCGACUCGCAGUCGCUCCGCCGCCGAAGAACUGGUGUGCCGACCCAGCCGAUCCCCACGUCGGACCUGAGAAUGACCCUGGGUCCCAACUUCACCGGCGUCGCUAGAUUCACGGCUGAACCCGCACCCAUAUCUCGCGCAAAUGCUACCAAUGCUCCGAGACACGACCCGCGACGCGAGCUGGAGGAGCUCAUCCAUCACUAUCAACCGUCCAUGCUCUGGCGCCGCCCCGUGCUCAACCCUCGCCUCGCCGAUGAUGACCAGGCAAACCAGAUCGACGGGCUCGGUGACCGGAACAGGAGCCUCAGUCCUGAGGGUGACCACGUCUGGGAUACCUUGCUCAGCACGGUCACCCCGGACCCGCAGCCGCCUAGCGUUGGAUCUUCAUUCGCUUCCGCGUCUGCGUCUGCCUCGGCCGCCACAUCGCAGAGCACUGCUGCUGGGUCGGCCGGCACGUCCUUGACCUCGCCGGACGUGGUCGAUGGCCCUGUUCUCGAGCAGCCUUGCGAAUCGGAAUGUGAUAAUUCCGACAGCGAGGCCGAUGACGACGUCCAUGACGAGGACGAGGAUGAAGAUGAUGAAGAUAUCGAGAUGGACGAAAACACCUGGAUCCGCUUCUCCAAUGCCAUGGCCCGCGUUGGCCGUUCUUAUGCCGACGCCGCACGUAGCAACGGCAAUGAGGAGUCUCUGGAGCUUCUAGGUGGCAUUGGAGGCAUGCAGCAUAUUGUGCGCAGCCUCGCACGACGAGAAGAUAUUCCAGACGAGUGGUGGGCUGAAGCCGGCCUCAGCCGAACCCUCCCACGCGAGGAUUCGGCUAACUAA